UUCACAGCUUUAACCACUGGAAGUUCAUGAACAAUGAAUUCACUUUACUCCUCCUGUUGGAACACCUCUGCUGAAAUUUUGAACAAAUCCUGGAAUAAAGGGUUUGCUUAUCAAACCCUCAGCACUGUGGACACAGUCAUCCUCCCUUCCAUGAUUGGGAUUAUCUGCUCAUCAGGGCUGGUUGGCAACAUCCUCGUUGUAUUCACUAUAAUAAGGUCCAGGAAAAAAACAAUUCCUGACAUUUAUAUCUGCAACCUGGCUGUCGCUGAUCUGGUCCACAUCAUUGGAAUGCCUUUUCUUAUUCACCAGUGGGCCCGGGGAGGAGAAUGGGUUUUUGGGGGUCCGCUAUGCACCAUCAUUACAUCCCUGGAUACCUGCAACCAGUUUGCCUGUAGUGCCAUCAUGACUGUAAUGAGCGUGGACAGGUACUUGGCUCUCGUCCAGCCAUUUCGACUUGUGAGUUGGAGAACAAGGUACAAGACCAUCCGCAUCAAUUUGGGCCUCUGGGCAGCUUCCUUCAUUCUGGCGUGGCCUGUCUGGGUCUACUCGAAGGUCAUCAAAUUUAAGGACGGCGUGGAAAGUUGUGCUUUUGAUUUAACAUCCCCUGAUGAUGUACUCUGGUACACACUUUAUUUGACGAUAACAACUUUUUUUUUCCCUUUACCCUUGAUUUUGGUGUGCUAUAUUUUAAUUUUAUGCUAUACUUGGGAGAUGUAUCAACAGAAUAAGGAUGCCAGAUGUUACAAUCCCAGUGUUCCAAGGCAGAGGGUGAUGAAGCUGACAAAGAUGGUGCUGGUGCUUGUGGCAGUCUUUAUCCUAAGUGCUGCCCCCUAUCACGUGAUACAACUGGUGAACUUACAGAUGGAGCAGCCCACGCUGGCUUUCUAUGUGAGCUAUUACCUCUCCAUCUGUCUCAGCUAUGCCAGCAGCAGCAUUAACCCUUUUCUCUACAUCCUGCUAAGUGGAAAUUUCCGGAAACGCCUGCCUCAAGUGAAAAGGGCAGUGACUGAAAGGGAAAUCCACCAUUUGGAAAACACAUUGAAAUUGAGAUUUUAGGAGAGUACAUCAAUCACCAACCAUCUUGACAGGCUUAUCUACUUUAUUGGUAUUAUUAGAAAGGGCAGGCAAAACAAUGGGCUUGUGUCUAUUCUUCUUGUGUAUUUAUGACUCUUAGUAGCAUAGAACAGAAUUGUAACCAUUCAAAUGCAAUGAAUGUAAUAUGCUAACU